AUGUUUGGACAAAAUGAGGAUGAGAAAAUGGACGACAAAUCGAACCCUUUGGUCUUUGAGACCACGACCAUCACGUUCUUCAUCAUCCUCCUCAUUUGCUUCAUUUGUAUCCUCCUCUUAUUGGCAGUGUUUUUAUAUAAAUGUUUCAGAGGCAAGAAUGAAGAGUCAGUGAAUCUACUUUGUACUGAUGAGAACGAAGGUGAAGAUUGUUUAGCUGCUAAUGUGGAGAUGAACAAACCCGAGGAUCAAGACAAGGUCCUACUGCACUUGGUAAACAUGGACAUGCCUGUGAGACCUGGCAUCCUCGUCCAAAGACAGAGUAAGGGAGCCACGGCCCCACACUUAGGAGAGAACAUCGAAUUCGAAGAGGACAAAAACAGACAGAUAUUCGAGUCUGCGAAUGUUAGAGAAGCCAACUACAAGGGUGGGAUCGUUGAGAGAACACCCACGCGCGCCACCUUAACUCCUUCAGUUAUUGAAAGCCAAAAGAGACCUCUGAAAGGAGUGACGUUUUCUAAGGAGGUGAUUGUUGUGGAUCUUGGAAAUGAAUACGCCAGACCUCGAAGCUAUGCUCGAGAACAUAAAGAGAGAAAGUAA